AUGAAGGCCAUCUUCCAGGUCCUCACUCUGGGCCUCGCCUCGGCCGUCAUGGCACUGCCUGAGCCCACCAUCACGGCACCACCAGAGCUCGCCUCCGUGGAGCUGAGAGCUGAUAACGCCAGCCCGGCUUUCAUCGGGUACAUAACAAAGAAUGGAACUUAUAGCGCAUCAAGCUGCGGCGUGGGAUACUGGACUCAAAGCGAGAAUGUCGGUGGCUGCGUCACGCAAAACGGAAGCCCGAUCCCAACGGCAUGCGUCAAUUCGUCCGUCAUGAAGUUUGCCAAUGGCGCCAGUGGAACUUGCACGUCGACCAUGACCUGCUCCUACUACAGCGUCUUCGACAACCUCGACCAGCAAACCACCCUCAGCUACUACCUCUGCUUCCCCCCGCAGUCCGCUCGUCGAUCUCCCAUGUUCCGGGCGACAACCACGGGAAAAGCUUCCACAACAUCAUCAUCAACCAAAUCAUCGAGCACUCUCCCUUCGACUACCGCAGAUGCUACAACAUCGAUGACCGAGAUUCCCACCGACGGCGCGGAUAGCGGCAACAGCAGCGGAGGUGGCCAGAAUCUUGCUUGGAUUGCCGGCCCUAUCAUCGGUGGCCUCGCCGGUCUCGCCAUCAUCGGACUGCUGAUCUGGGUCGUCUUGCUCCUCAAGAAACGGAGGAAUGCCAACCAGGGACCUGAGGCGCCGGGCGAGACGACGCAGUACCAACCUUCGCCUGGAGGACAGCACGCACAAUACCAACCUGCGUACGGAGAGCAGCAGUCACAGGCUCCGUCGUCCUACGGCUCACCCAUGGGAGACCAUCUGAAGCAUUAUUCAUACGUGCCUCCCCCGACCGGCUCGACAGAGAAUCCCCAGCCAUAUCUUCCGCCCCAGCCGUAUCCACCGCAGUGGACAUACGCGCAGUCGUCAGCCCCAAGCGAGUUGCAGUCCACAGUCCCGAGUGAGCUGCCCGGCAAUACCGCCCCAGUGGAGAUUGGCGACUCUGUAAGAAAAUAG